AUGAUUUCAGAUGCAUUGAAUCGCCACAAUAAAGGUCUUGCAUUUGAAGCUUUGGUGGCCACUUGCUUUCCUGGAAGUGAAGUUCCUGCUUGGUUUAGUCACAUAGCUUCUGGAGCGGCGUUGGAGCCAGAGCUGCCACGACAUUGGCGUGAAAGUGGGUUUGUUGGAAUAGCUCUAUGUGCCGUUGUCUCGUUUCAGGACCACAAAAUUCAGAACAACAAACUCCAGGUGAAAUGCAAAUGUGAGUUCAACAAUGUUAAGACAUCCUCCAGCAACUUUAACUGUCAUGUUGGAGGUUUAUCCGAAGCAGGCGAUGAGCAACGCACGAUUGAAUCGACUCAUGUGUUCAUUGGCUACAUCAAUUGGUUAAAUAUCAACAAUUUUCAAGAAAAAGAUGGUGAUAAGGGAUGUGUUCCUACUAAGGCUUCCAUUAAAUUUAGAGUGACGGAUGAUAGUGGGGAGGUUGCGAAUUGCGAUGUAUUGAAGUGCGGUUUCAAUUUAGUUUAUGAAUCUGGUUCUUGGGAGGCAAGCUUAUGGACAGAGGACUUGAAACAAGGUGAAAAUAGAUGGUUGGGUCUCUAUAGAAGCAUAAGAAGGUUUUUCUAA